GAUAUAACUGCACUACUACACUACUACACAACUGCGGUGUUGAGAUAAUUUCAUAUUCUAAAUCUGCAUGCGAAACUGAGCCGAAAUCCAAAUUUUCAUGAAUUUUGGUGACCGGGAACCUAUUUAAAAAUCAAUUUGAAGUUUGUAUGGGAGAGAUUUGUCGAAUCACCCCUCGUCGCAUUUUGUACUGGGUGGAGCUGUCAAACAGUUACUCAGCUGUCAAAAGGUGAUUUCAAAAAAUCUCUUUGAAAUUGAUUUUAGGUACCAAAAUAAAGUUCUAAAAAUCUGAAAAAAAAAAUCAUGUUGGCUUAGAAAAAGGUGCUCUUUUGUAUAAAAUCAAAAAAUCGAUAUAUUUUUCUUAAUUAAAAAACCCAAUUGAAUGGAUCACUGCUAACUCCGUACCACUGCUGACCGACGGACCGAACUCCGGACUAAACUGUAGAACUGUUUAACUCAACUAACUCGACUCUACGACCCGGCUGCGGUCUGGUUCACAGAAUCAACUGGUCUCUGACUCGAAACUACGACCAACCUGUAUAGCUCAACUAACUCGACCGAACUGUUAACUCCAACUCUCGACUCUAACUCCGAUUCGCGGACUGCGCUGUGGAAUUCAACCGAACUGUCUACCCGACUGAAGCCAAAGCCUCAGUAUUUAUAGCCUAAAUAUUCCUAAAUAAUACCCAAACCGCUUGGGCGUGUCUAAAAUCCUUGAUGACAUUCGUGUGAAAAUCUAGAGCUCUGCCUACCCGGAUAAAAAAUUACCAUUCAUUACAUGGUAAAUAUUAUUAACAUAUAACUGGUUUUAUUGUUCACAAUAAAAUACAAAGUAGAUAUCUGGAGCUCGAUUUGAAUAGGUCGUAUGUGCUUUUGUCGAUAUAAAAUUCGAUCAGUUUAUUUUAGUCAUUGUAGCAAUAUGGCAGAUAUUUUGCAAACUUUCAAUGAUGGAACAGAAAGCCUGUUUUGUGAGGAUUCUGCUGUAUGUAUCUACUUUGCUCAAUUUCAGCGGUUUUCGCUAUAAUAAGCGAAUCCAACUGAUCGAAUUUUUAAUCGACAAAAGUACAUACGACCUAUUCAAAUCGAGCUCCAGAUAUAUUGUUACUUCUUACAAUAGAAAUCAAGCCCAUAUAGUUCGUACAAUAAGUGAACAUUAGCUUUAUUAGUGACUAAUUGAUUCGAUUGUUUUUCAAUAGUUCUAUAAUAAUUUAAAGUUACUAUCAGUAAAAAUUAAUUUAAGUUGUUUUUAAAUAGUUGCAAAAGUGCCUGCAAAAGUUUUCAUGGACUUUUUAUUAAAAAAGAGUUUAUUUCUCAAUUACACUUAAAAACAAUUCGUAACAAAUAAAUAACAAUAAAUAUUAUUGUUGCUUGGAUCAUGUUUGUAUAAUCAAAUAGUAAUUCACUUGACAUAUUUUUUUAUAGUUUUCGUUUUAAAUUUGAGUACAGUAGAUGUUUCGGUUAUUAUUGAAUGUUAUUCCCUAAAACUUCAACGACUGACAGACGUCAAGCCGUGUUGGCAGAGGAAGCUCUUAAUGAAUAACUGAGGAAGUUCUUAUAGAAAACUAGCUGAAAAGCAGGUUUUAGCCAAGUGAGGACGUUACGACAAGAAAAAGAUGAACAAUGAUUUUUCUAAUGUUUUCCAAUAAAUUAAAGGAAUCUAGUAAAUAGUAAACUACCAUUGAUAACAAUACAAAUACAAUUUGUUUAAUGGGGUCUUUUGAACCGAUGUUAAAAUGAACAUGCAAUAAUAUUUGUUGUUAUGUUAACAGAUUUCGCCUUUGAAAAACCAAAGAAUUCAUAUUUUAUUUUUUACGAAUAAUCAGACUUUGGCGACGAAAUUGAACUCGCCCUAAUAUGGUGCUGACCUAACAUUUAUGACACAUUUUCACCUUCUUUCCCCGAUUCAGGCGAAACCAGCUAAUUUUGUUAUGAAAACAUGAACAGCUGGUAGCCCAGAACAAUAAGGAUGAACGUAAACAUCGGUGAACCAGCUGGUUUUGUAGUGUAAACACCGACGAACCGACGUGACAGCUAGAACAAAAGGCCUUAAUGGUAAACAUUGAGACGGCCGACGAAAACUGUCACAUUAUCGGGCGAGUUUCAAAAACCCUGCGACUGAGAUUGACAGCGAAAUGGAAAGCGAAAUAUGAGUACGACGAAAUUUAUUGCAUCAAAGUCUAAGUCGAAAAAAAAUCGCAAUAUUUCUCGGUAACACUUUUCUUCAGCAUUUACAGAUACUAAUGGCCACAUGAAUUGUGAACGAUUUAUGGUAUGGAUCAUGAGGUCUGACUUUGGCAGUUAUUUGAAAAGAUUGAAGAUAGAUCUUAUCAACAGCUGCCAAGCAACACAUACCAGAGAGACAUCAGAGUGUUUGACUCUUAUCAUAAAGUGUGCAUAUCAUUCUGGCGGCCGUUAGUGCUCGUAAAUGCUGGAUAUAAAUGUUAGCGAGAAAUAUUAUUCUAUGGAUUUUCAAAAGCGAAAACUGCUUACAAAUAACAACAAAUAUUAUUGUAUUUUUUAUUGUAACAACGAUUCAUUUGACGACAUUCAAUUAAUUGUAUUUGUAUUGUAAGAACAAUGAAAAAACAUUAAGAUAUAUUGUUUUCUUUUGAAAAUUGCCCUAAAAAUGUCUCAUAAAAACACAAUACAUUCUAUUGUUUUUUUUGCGAAAAAGUGUAUGGAAAUUUUCUCAAAAUUUUAUGGUUAAGAUACAUAACGACCACCAUUUUUUAUUGUAAAAGUACUAUUUACCAUUCGCCGAAUGGUAUAGAACAAUAGGGGAGAUGGUGAGUGUGCCAUGUAAAUUACAAUACGCUUAAUGGUUAAUAUUUUUAGAGAAAAUGGUAUUGUAACAAUAAAAUUUAUCGUAUUUUUAUGAUAUUUUUUAACAGGGCAAUUUUGACAGCUAUAACCGUCAAGUACUCCAAGCCCUGUGACAGCACUGACAAACUUCUUUACAGCUUGUAGGCUUCAUAUAGGCACACAGGGCUUAUUUUAGUUCUCACUGUUUAUAGUGCCUAUAAGCAUUAGGGAUGCUUAUAUAGAGCUUUUCAGCACUAAAGAGCUGUUCAAUGACCAUUAUAAUGCAUAGAACAGUGCUUAGUGGUUACCUGGGGCAGAGUUCCCGUUUUCCAGAAAAUGGGCAUUGUGGACGCUUGGGCAACCAUACUGCUGAUGGUUUGUCAGACCCAGACGAUCAAAAUGAGUGACCACAAAUAACCGUGUACACCAUCAGUGAAAGCGAGAAGUGAAGUAGAGCAGAAGAAAAAGUAAGAUGUGUUAUCAAAAGUGUAGUGUGACGUGCUCUUAUUUCUUGCGUAAAUUUAUCGUUUUAAAUUAUAGUAAAUCAGCAUACUAAAUACUUCCGGUCAACCCCCGGUUACCACAGGUACAAAUCGUUAGACGCUCAGAUGACUCACUAUGACAAUCCUCGGAUACGCCGUGGAUCGUGCGGAGAGGUCAGCUGCAUGUAGAUCGUUAGUUGCUUUCUAGUUUUGACGAAAGAGAGAGAGAUGAAUCGAUUUUCGCUCGCUCGACGUUCCGGGUUUGAUAAGUUCCGACUAGAUUGAUAAUAUGCUUGUUUUGAUUUCCUGAAUUACGGAAUAUGUAGAAUACAUUGUAGAUUCUACGGGUUCACCACAACAACAGUAGUUCGGUAUAGUGUGCAGAUUCGCCUCCACAUGAUCGGAUGUCUUGAUUAGCUUACAGUUGUGUUCUGAUCGUGAGGCUUGAUUGAGGAUCUUGAAUAAGAUGUGCAAAUUGGUGUACUUGCUAGUGUUGUAUUUGCUAUUUUUUCCCGAGUUUGCUUUACCUCAGGCAACGUAUCAGUGUGGCAUCAGACAGCAUGGGGUUCUUCCUCUGGUCAGAAAGGGUUGGCAAGUGGAAGAGGGUCAUUGGCCAUGGCACGUGGCCGUUUAUAAGAGGCUGAAAGGUGACGAUCCGUUUAAGUAUGACUGUGGAGGAACUUUGGUCAACGAGAGGCACGUCCUGACGGUAGCUCAUUGCGUGGUUAAUCGGAUAGCUCGCGAUCAGUUACCCGCGAUUAUGUACGAGAUAGAGCUCCAUUUUGGUCAGCACCAACUGUCGAAAGUGACCGAUAGCGUUGUUAUUCGCGACGUCAGUAAGACACACGUUCAUCCGGAAUAUGUGCCCCAAAGGAAUGACAUCGCUGUCUUGGCGAUGCGAUUGCCAGUGGAAUACUCCGAUACUGUGAUUCCGAUCUGUCUAGAUCAAAAGGUGGACCGCGAUCUACGGGAGUUGGAAGGUCAACGUGGCUGGACCACAGGGUGGGGGAAUACGGAGAAUGGAAACCCUUCGGAUGUUCUCCAAACGGCAUCGAUGCCUGUGGUUAGUUAUGUUAAUUGCCUUAAGGACGACCCUUUACUCUUUGGAUAUACUUUGAACGAAAAUGUAUUCUGCGCUGGAAAUAGGAAUGGAACCAGCAUUGGAAAGGGGGACAGUGGCGGUGGAAUGUACAUCAGUGAUGGCGAUCGUUGGAUCCUCAGAGGAAUUGUAUCGUUUGGAAAGCACAACAUAUUGAAACAAACAGUUGACGCCUCUAAGUAUAUCGUGUUUGUUAACGUUCAGCGGUAUUUGACAUGGGUUAAGGAAAUUUUUGCUGAGAGUGAACCUCGCAUGGACAAGAGGCAGAAACGAAUAAGUGAACUAGAGUGCGAACGAUUCCAAAGACUGACGAGAAAAAGACGUAACGGUGAUUGUUUCAACAAUAGAUAUAGGCACAACGUGAUGAUAACUGAACCGAGAGGCAUACAUAUGUGCAAUGGUGUCCUGGUAGAUGAGUCCCAUGUCAUUACCACUUGCAAUUGCGUUCGACCAGAAGGCAAUGCACUAUAUUUGCAAGCAAAAGUGCGAAUCGAAGCGUACGGGGAAGUGGCCGUGUCGGAAAUGGCAUGUCAUCCGAAGCAUACCGACUUUAGCAAACGGUACGACUUAGCGAUUCUAAAACUGAAUGCAACGGUUUUGCUCAGUAACACCCUGAUUCCAGCUUGUUUGGCUAAUAACUGGACGGAAAAUCUGUACGACAUCCUCGUCCAAACGGCUUUCGUCACUGAAACGAUAGACGACCACAAGACCCUGGUUGAGUCGGACGAGAACAGAAUAACUCUGUAUGAAAAUUGCAAAUCACUGUGUAGACCCGGUUGGUUCAACAGGUCUGACCUUGCCGGCGAACUAUGCGUCAACAGUACUGACCAAUUGAUGUACAAUGCCUAUUAUGAAUUGAAAUACAGCAAAUCAACCGGUGCUGUGCUGCAGACGUCCAACAGGCAAUCGUGUAUGUCAACGGUGGUGGGACUGAAGGUUCACAAUGAAGAAAACGAUGAAUCCCCCAAUCAGUAUUGGAUGGAAAUUUAUGCUCGAAUUGCCUACCAUUUGGACUGGAUUGAGCAGAGAAUUUGGAAUGGACAAUCCCAAGUGGAUGCACAACUUCCUCUGCCGUCAGAAGAUGAAAAAUGCGGAUUUUAUAACCAUGAAGGCGAAGUUGAGGAGUGGCCGUGGAGUACGGCAAUUUUUCACCGGAACCGGAAUACCAGCGCGUUCGAACUAAUAUGCAGCGGUACCCUGAUCAGCAAUAGGCACGUUCUGACAACGGAACAGUGUGUCAUGAAUCACACCACAGGCAGACCAUUGCCAGAGGAUUCUUUUGAACUGCACUUUGGAUUGAAUCGCUUAGGUCACCCUAGUGUACACGAGCAAAUACGAUACGUCAGAGAAGUUCAUAUCCACCCGGACACUUCGGGUUCCAACAUAGCGCUACUGGUGACCAGCUGGCCGGUCAAGAAUACACCCUAUGUGGCGCACAUCUGCAUUGUUCCGGGAAACGCUUCGAGUUUUUCGAAUUUGAAAGGACAGCCUGCCUUCAUCACUGGUUGGCAAACAAUGGAAACUGGGAAAUCAAACAACGAACUCAAGUCAUCUAAUGUCUACAUUCUUGAUCGUCAGGUGUGUUCCGAAGAUGGACUGAAACUUUCCGCCAAUCAGUAUUGUGCCAUCUAUCCUAAUGAGGUUGAACAGGGCAUCGCCGACCGUGGAUCAGGACUGUACCACUUACACUUUGUCGAUUUCCUUGGGUCAUGGAUCUUGACCGGGAUCGUGUCAUCCGAUGUGGAAGGUAUCCGUGCUGAAAAAUACAUCAUAUUGAUAAGCCUUGAACCGUACAUCCCGUGGGUCGAAGGAAUUAUGUCAAGCAAAAAAUCUAGGAGAAUCAGUGAAAGAGAAUGCGAACGUUAUGCCAGCCUUACUCGUAAAAGCAGCGGAGUUUGUGAAAAUUCGUGGGACCCCUCGUUAGACUCUCAGCCACAUAUCGUCUCGCUGUAUGACGACCAAUCGAAAAUUAUUUGCCUUGGUGUACUUGUUGAAGAGAAUUACAUAUUGACUUCUUGUCAAUGCCUACGGCACAUCCGUCAACCUAAAACAGCUAAAAUUAGCUACCAUGGAAUGGUCAACAUUUCGGACAUGACGUGUCAUCCAGACUAUGAUCAUACGAACUUUCAUCACGACGACGUCGGGAUCCUAAGGCUAUCCACACCCGUUGCACUAUCCAGUCAACUGGUUCCGGCCUGUUUGGCAAACAGUUUGUCGGAGAACCUUGAGGACGCCAUGCUACAAACUAUAAUUGAAAGCUAUUGGGAUCCGGACAUCCAGCCCCGGCCGCAAUCGACCUAUGACUAUAUUGGUACGAAGGACGAGUGCGACAAGGUGAUCCAAGAAUCACAUCGCCUGUACCCCGGCCAGGCGUGCGUGAUCAACCCUCGCUUGGAAACGGACACAUUCAGCGGAAGUAUUGUGCAGAGCGUAGAUAGUCGGACCUGUCGCUUCACGGUGAUUGGAAUAGGGAGCACUGCGUAUGGCGAUCCUGAUAUCGAUUUAGCUCCCAGAAUAGGCAUUGUUCAUCGCGUUGACCACUAUCUGGAUUGGAUCGAGCAGACCGUCUGGGAAGAGGAGUUUCCGAAGCCGAAACAUUAGACUUCUGGUUGCCACAAGCUCAUAUAGGGUUGGUUAAAUGGAUUUAAUGUAUACAACUUAUGGUAAAUGCUACUCUUUUCAACGCUGCAGU